AGAAAAAAUAGGGCAUUUAAACAUGCUUUCAGAUGAACUCGAAAGUUGUGAAAUAUUUAAUAGUUUUAGUAUUUUUCCCCCCCAGUAACGCUGCACGGUCUUAACAUAUUUGACUACUGUAGCUAAUGUACGGUAGUAGUGAAAACUACCUAACCACGUUACGUUUUUUCAGAAUGGAUGAGCUAGCAUGCGUGUUAGCUAGGCUACGUUUAGAGAACACGCCGCCGUCGCGCUGAACUCAUUCCUUUCCAUUGGGGAGUGGGGUGGAGUCGACAUGUGUUUGAUUUUUCAGUGGUAGUAAAUGUCCUCCCACAUAAUGCAAGCAUAUCCCCUUUAGCGACAUCUCAAAGUAUCAAGAAAUACUGAAGGAGUACCAGACCUACAAAACGUUUCUCAUGGCCGUCGGACCCAUGGAGUGGCGUGAGGAACAGAAACGCAAGAGGGAGGACAGGAGAGCAACCAAGCAGAAAGAGAUUUCAAACAUUUUCUGUCUUCCUUCAUCGGUCAAAGACGAAAAUAAAAAAGGUCCAGCGUAUGCCAGACGCAAUUCAAGAGUCACAAAAAAUGCUCCGGUAAGACAUCAAAACAAAAGUGGCAAAGUCAGCAGCAUACUUCACCACCAGGAGAGACAGGGGUCCACCAUCCCUGAGGUGCCAGAGACCGCAGAGACCUCAGACAGUGACGAGGAGCCAGAGUUGUGUUACUCCAACCCCAGGGACAUGCUGAAUUUGCUGACUGAUCUGGAGGAGCAGAACCUGUCCUACAUCCAGAACUUCCAGGAGACAGAGGAGGUCAUGGAUGAGAUCCGCAAAACCAUCCAGUUGACGCAGGAAAGGAUGAACAGUGAGGCCCGGAUCCUGCUGCAGCAGGUAGACAUCCUGAAGAACACCAUCAAGAGGGAGGAGGAGAAGACCUCUGAGCUGGAGCUCAAGUCCAGGAUCUUCUCCUACGGAGAGUACAGAGCUGACAAACAGGACGUGAUGCUCAAUGUGCUGCACAAGAAGGUGAAGGAAGUGUACAGGGUGUGUGUGGGAGAGGUGGACUCCAAUAUCAGCACUCUUCACAUGCUGGCCAACAUCGAGAGCAGAAUGCAGGACGUUAUGGACCGACUGGAGACGCUGCCCCCGGACAACAUUGACACCGUCCGCACCCAGCGGGAGAAGGAGAAGAGGCUCAAGAUGCGUGAGGAGAAGCUGUUGAUGAAGAAACACCACCAAGAGGAGAGACUCCGAAUGGCUCUGGAGAGAGCCACCUCUGACAGCAAGAAGAGGACGGGCAGAAGGCUGAUGCCGCGAUCGGAGCCAUCGGAGAUCAAGAAGAAGGACAAGACACAUGCGUUGACCACUAGAGAGCAAGAAGACGCCUUGUACUUCUUUGCCUGAUUUAUUUUAAACCAUCAGUAUUCACAGACAAUAUAAGACAGUGACUGAUUUUAAAUGAGCUUUUGUAUACAGUACCAAUCAACAGUUUGGACAUGCCUACUCAUUCAAGGAUUUUUCUUAUUUAAAAAAACAACUAUUUUCUGAAGACAUCAAAACAAUGAAA